UUUCAGUUCUCCAGCUGCGCCGCGGUGGGAUCCGAAUAAGGGCUGUGGCCGAUGUGACGAACCACAGCACAUUCCACAUCGAGCGUACUCGAUCGUUUGUUGACAAAAUCCUGGCUGCACGUGAGGCAGGGGACGCGACGCGUUUGUUUGUUUGCCCCCGGGCCCGAACGCUAUAAGAACC